ACCCAACCUUACGUUACGAUUUGUCAUCUGUAUAUGGAAGAAAUCGGAUUCGUCAUUCGCAUCGUAAUAAUUCAUAUUCGCGAGCGAUGCACGUCGGAUGUCGGAUAAUCUCGUCCUCAGCAGUAUCGUGAAGCAUCGUCUUACAUGCGAGAAUUUUUGCAAACGUAUUUAAUCAUCCAGUUUUACACGAAGUGAUGAAGUGUCAUCCUGUGUGACGGAUACACGAUGUUGCGAUAAAAAUGUCUCUGCCCACUGAGCGAUAAGAUUCAGUUUUCUACGGUGAAGAGAGUGUGAUAUUUAAGAGCAAUCUGUGUAUUUGUGUGUCUACUUAAAACGAUGAUGGAGUUGAGUCAUAGUUUGACCCUCAACGAGGAUGCACUUAAUCAAAUCCCGGAGGCGAAGCGGCCGGUUUUCAUCUUCGAGUGGUUGCGCUUCCUGGACAAAGUUCUAGUUGCUGCUCAAAAGAACGAUAUUAAAGGAUGUCAGCAAAAGUUAGUGGAGCAAUUGACCAGACAUAUGCAAGGUGCUCCUGGUCCACCCACGCGACGUCUUAUAGCUAGAUGUCUUGCUACACUAUUCAGUGUUGGCGAUACAUUUUUGCUCUUUGACACUGUCAAUAAAUGCAAUGACAUCUUGAGAAAUAAAGAUGAUUCGCCAAGCUUUUUGCCCACAAAAUUAGCUGCUAUUUGUUGUGUGGGAUGCAUGUAUGAAAAACUGGGAAGAAUGAUGGGCAGAUCAUAUGAGGAAACUGUACAAAUCCUUAUAAAGUCUUUACGUUCUGCCGAAUCACAAAUGCGGAUAGAGAUUAUAUAUACAUUGGAAAAGGUGUGUGCUGGGAUGGGAUCAGCAAUAACCAAUGUGCAUAAGGAGAUAUACAAAGUUUCCAGGCAUUAUCUAACUGACAGAGUGAUGGCGGUGAGAUGUGCUGCUGCCAAGUGUUUGUUGGAAAUGUUGAAUCACGCUCCGUUUUUAUAUACGACCGAAAUUGAAAGUGUUGCGACGUUAUGCUUUCGAGCAUUUGAAGGCUCGAAUUACGAAGUGAGAUGUUCCGUCGCUAAAUUACUGGGCACCUUGGUAGCGAUGACGCAGCUUCCUUCGCCCAAGAUAAAAAAUCUUACAGUCACACACAAUAAAGGCAUUAGACAGACGUCGCUUGAAGAAGUGUUAAAUAUUCUGAUGUCCGGAUUUUUGAGAGGCGGCGUGGGCUUUUUGAAAGGAACGGGCGAGAUAAUAAAAGGAAGCUCCAGUAUAAACAGAGAAGUACGAGUUGGAGUGACACAUGCGUAUGUGGUAUUUGUUCAAAUGUUGGGUGGCACUUGGCUUGAACGUAAUAUUGGCGCGCUAAUCGCGCACGUUUUAGACCUAGUCACAAAUCCGAAAGCCGCUAGCUCGCAUGUUGAGGCGGUAUACUCGCGCAAAUGCGUCAAUUUUAUAUUACGCGGUACUAUCGGCAAAUUGUUGGGAGAAGGUGCUCAGGCUGCCGCUUGUAAGGAGAUAGCGCAUAUUAUUCUGAAGCAAAUGAAUUCCAUCGAUUUCAGUCCGGAAAAUGCUAAGGAUUGCAAUCAAGAGACGUUAUUCAGCCAACAUUUGUUGGUAUGUGCAUUACAAGAAAUGGGUUGUCUAAUACUGGGAUUAGGUACCACCGCCACAAAUUUAUUAUCCGAACAAUCUCUAAAUCUAAUCGAUACUAUAAUGGCCGUUUUGGUACAUCCGUGUCAAGCCGCUAGACUAGCAGCUUCUUGGUGUUUACGAUGCAUAUGCGUCGCAGUACCGAGUCAAAUAACGCCGUUGAUAGAUCGAUGCGUCGACGGGAUUGAGAAUAUGCGUAGCUCACCAGAAGCUAUAGCCGGUUAUAGCAGCGCUCUCGCUGCGGUGCUAGGAAGCGUUCGUUUAUCACCCUUGGGUGUUCCGCAUACUAAAGGAAAGAUAAUUUUCAAUACGGCGGAAGAACUUCUGAGAAGCGCUAGUCAAAACAGUCGUUUAUCUUUAAAUCGCACGCACGCGGGAUGGCUCUUGAUAGGCGCGAUAAUGACUCUAGGAACAGCGGUGGUAAAGGGCUUAUUGCCAAGAAUGUUACUCCUAUGGAGAAAUUCUUUCCCUCGCUCGAACAAAGAACUCGAAAGUGAGAAGGCGCGCGGCGAUGCCUUCACGUGGCAAGUAACUCUGGAAGGACGUGCCGGCGCGCUGUCUGCCAUGUAUAGCUUUUUGUUACACUGUCCAGAACUUCUGAACGAUGAUAUCACACGGCGAUUACUCACGCCGAUCGAGUCCGCUCUGGCGAUGCUAACAAAUUUGUCACCCGUUUUGAAGAAUUAUGGCCAACAAUUGAAAGCUCCCGCGGCUAUGGUUCGUUUGCGUUUAUAUGAAACGUUGUUGCUGUUACCGCCGCAAACAUUCGAAGGUUCCUACACGCAUCUUCUAAGAAUGCUGGUAUCAGAGUUUACACUUAUAGACAAUCCUGCGAAUACGACUACUUCUUUAUUGCGUGUAGUUUGUCACGCUAACGAUUCCGUGAUUCUUGGUACAUGGCUGCAAGAGACUGAUCAUCGUACGAUAGAAGAUCAAAUGGAACCAAACAGAAGGGCAGAUUUGGAGCAUCUUCAACCAAAUAGCGCUGCAGGAUCUGGAGCAUUGGAACACAAUACAUGUUGCCUUUACAGACCAAUGCCACGUAUCGAAAUAAUACCUGGUCCUUUACCAUUGGGCGUAGCGGUGAUUGAUUUAUCAGUUGCAUUAUUCGGCCAGAUAUUCCCGCGUGUAGCAAACAAGCACAGACUGCAGAUGCUUGAUCAUUUUAGCGAGUGCAUAAAACAUACUAAGUCCGGAAGACAGGAAGCGAUACAAAUGAACGUGUUUACGGCUGUGUUGAGCGGCUUGAAAGGCCUCAACGAGGCGAAGACGGGCUUUGGACAAGAGGAUGUCAAGAGAUCUGCCACUAAUCUGAUCAUUAGCACACUAGUCAGUGGCAAUCCUAUUUUACGGUGGGCGGCGGGAGAGGCAGUCGGUCGAAUGGCUCAAGUAAUCUCCGAUCCCAAGUUUACCGCUGAAUUGGCACAGACAAGUUUCGAUCGUCUGAAAUCGGCCCGCGACGUUGCCAGCAGAACCGGUCAUUCGUUGGCGUUAGGCUGCCUCCACAAGUAUGUCGGCGGUAUGGGUUCCAGCCAACAUCUCAACACUAGCGUCAGCAUUUUGCUCGCACUCGCUCAGGAUAACUCGUCUCCUGUGGUACAAGUUUGGGCAUUACACGCUCUGGCUUUAAUAGCUGAUUCCGGUGGACCAAUGUUCAGGGGUUAUGUGGAGCCUACCCUGUCCUUGGCACUGACUCUUCUUCUCAAUGUUCCUCAUUCUUACAUCGAUGUGCAUCAAUGCAUCGGAAAGGUUUUAUCAGCACUUAUCACGACGAUAGGACCAGAAUUACAAGGCAACACAUCAACGAUUUGUAUGGCGCGGUCGUCAUUUUUGUGUGCGUGUGCCAUCAUGCAGGAUCAUCAGGACCCGCUCGUUCAAGCUGAGGCAACUGGUUGCCUUCAACAGUUGCAUCUCUUCGCACCCAGACACGUCAAUCUGUCUUCCCUCGUUCCUACAUUAUGCCGUACUCUAUCGAGUAAUCAUUUACUUUUACGGAAAGCUGCGAUAUCAUGCCUUCGACAGCUCGCUCAACGCGAAGCAAAGGAAGUGUGCGAGCAUGCAAUGACACUGGCUAACGAAAGCAGAGACACCAACAUGGUGGAGGGUCUAAUCAUCACCGAGACCGGGUUACCAGGCGUAUUGUUCAGUAUGCUGGAUACAGAAACUGACAAUAAACUAAUUAAAGACAUUCAUGACACUUUGACGAGCAUGUUGCAGAUAUUAGCAGCCGAUAAUUUGUCUCAAUGGUUGUCGUUAUGCAAAGAUGUUCUCACAAUAGCUUCAGAAUCGAGUACAGUCGAGGAAGGCAAUGCAGCGAAUGCGGGUGAUAGCGCCGCUGACAAUGAGUCAGCUGAUGCGGAGGGCGACGACGAUCAAGCCGAGUUUCACGCCGACGAAUCCACCAAGCAGCGGCCAUCUAUUACACCGAGAUGGCCAACCAGAGUCUUCGCGGCGCAAUGCGUCAGACGCAUCGUCGCGGCCUGUGUGAACAACAAACAGGCACAUUUCGAUCUCGCUUUGGCCAAAGAGAUGCAACUAUCUAAGGGAAAAGGAGAUUUUCUGGUGUUACAUCUGUCAGAUCUGGUACGCAUGGCAUUUAUGGCUGCAACAAGUGAUUGUGAUCCAUUGCGACUUGAAGGUCUGAAAACCCUGCAAGAAAUCAUCGACAAAUUCGCUAAAGUUCCUGAACCAGAGUUUCCUGGGCAUCUAUUGCUCGAGCAGUUUCAGGCACAGGUUGGAGCUGCUUUAAGACCCGCAUUUUCCGCGGAAACACCGUCGCAUGUUACUGCUGCGGCCUGCGAAGCUUGCAGUGCAUGGAUCGGCAGCGGCGUAGCCAGGGAUCUUAAUGAUUUGCGAAGGGUCCAUCAGUUGCUCGUGUCGUCUUUGGAGAAAUUGCGAGAGGGUAACACUCGGCCGCAACUUUACAACGAGAGCUUGUCAACGCUGGAGAGAUUAGCAAUCUUAAAAGCGUGGGCAGAGGUGUACGUAGUAGCAAUGAUCCGGGAUGGAUCUGCUCUAAACAGCAAAGAUACCGCUAAUCGCAAUGCGAAUCAACCUAAUGAAGAAACUAACGAGGAGGAUUUUGGGGAAUUCGAGUUUCAGAGCGAAAGUCUACUGAGUCUUGUCCAGCCAGAGCUUUUAAGCCUGAGUCAACAUUGGCUAUCUGCAUUGCGGGAUCACGCAUUGCUGUCUUUACCGCCAGAAUUCUCCAGUCAAUUGCCACACGAUGGUGGUGCCUUUUACACGACAGAUACUAUGGAAUCCGCGCGUCCUCAUUACAUAGAGUCGUGGGCGCCAAUUCUUCAUGCUGCAACUCUUUGGCUCAAUGCGAGAGGAUUUGAAAUGGAUGACAGUAACCAAGAAAAAGUAACGGCAAAUGCCACCAACAAUAACAAUCAUAACAAUAAUAACAACAACGAUGAAGCCGCCGUCUCUAAAACUAACAUGAAUGUUGAACGCUUCCACUUAUUAUUUGGUAUAUGUAUGGAAGCUUUGUGCAGUCCUCGCUCUUCCGAAUCUCCGCAAAAUAUAGAGACAUGCUUAAAUGCUUUAUAUACGUUACUCGAUUCAACGUGGGCACGUAAGGUCUUUAUCGCGGACUGUUCAUUACCCAUUGAAUUGUGCAACGUUCUUCAUAGGUUGCUUUUAACGCGAGAGAGUUAUGUUAUCCAAAUGAUAGUAAUGGAGGUGCUGAAACAAGUGAUGAAAGCAGCACAAGAAGAUUUGUCUGCGAGAAAAAAAUUAAAGCUCAGAGAUGCCACAUCGGCAAAUGAAGAAAACAACGAAAUGUCAGAAGUGGAUUUGCUAGGCGAAGGAAAGGAAGGCGGCGAACUUAUACCGGGCAAAUCAUUAGUAUUCGCUAUUCUGGAAGUGUGUCUGUGUCUUUUGGUACGUCAGAUUCCAGCGUUGAAUCCGAAUCCGGGCGGUGCUACUGCCAUCUUGUCUCAGAAAGGAUAUGUACCGUCCGAGGAAAGCGGCAAACUGAUUUCGUUAUCUCUCAAUAUAAUGGAAUCUCUUCCCACCCUAUGUUCUCCGCAAGGCGCAGUAGCGAUUCUUCCGACAUUGUUAUAUUUGGCGACUGGCGUGAUACGCGAAACCGCUGUGCGUACGGAUAACGAAAACACCAAACCCGGUGCGGAAGCACCGGUUCAUGCCGCGUUACAUUGCGUUAAAAGUCUUACCAAUAACAAAUACGCUCGGGAUCACAGGAGUCAGGAGCAGUGGACCGGGUUACUGCAAAGCGCACUUGCCAAAAUUAUCGAUUUGGCCAAGACAGGCAAUGAUGAAACGAAGAUGGAUGAGGUAGCCAUGAUGCUAGGUAUUGCAGUAUUCGUGCUUCACGCGUCACCAGAGGUAGUAAGCGCUCCGAAUUUGCAAUUCCCGUGCAUCAAUCAUUUCCGACACGCGUUCCAAUCUGAAAACCUGACGGUAAGACUGAAAUGCGUGCAAACGUUAAGAACGAUAUUCCUACAUCCGGAACGUAAUAUAAGUACUCCAUACAUUCACGCGCUCGCACCACGAUUGGUGGAAUACCUGUACAGCGAUAAGAGUAAACAGGUCGUGAACGAUAUGGAAUUGACCUUCACGUUGGAAUGCAUCAGUACGGUGGAAGCUCUUAUAGGACUCGCCGAUCUUUCUAAUCGAGAUCUGUUGCAAGGUAUUCAAAUGCUGACUCUGCUCGUGCCAAUUUUAAUCAACUACUUGCUAGAAGGAGACGAACUUCAACUGGCUACUAAAUAUCAAGCGAGUCUUCAUCAACAAAGUUUUCAAUGGCUCAAUAAGAUUGGACCGAAAUAUCCGCAGGAAUUUAAGACGCUAAUGUCACAAUCUACCGAGCUGAAGACUAAAUUAGAGAACGCUGUAAGAACUAGCCAUCAACAGGCGCAGCGACAUACUCGAUCAAUCGAUUCUGUGAGACCACAAAUCAAGAUAUCCGCGCCAUCAAUAAAAUUGAAAACCGAUUUCUCCAACUUUAAUUAGAAAGAAAUCUGUUACAAAAUAAGGGUAAUCUAUUAGAAUCGUGUGAAAGAUAUUAAGUAAGUAAGUAAUGAUAUUAGCAAUUCUGUAGUAAUAGUAACAUGUUUGCAUCAAGAUGCGACUGACUUCAAUAACUAUCGAUCAGGAAUGAAUCGAAUUAAUCACUAUUUAUAAUAUAUUAGCAUCGUGAUAAUUAUAAAGUGAUAUCUUGCUGUGUUAGAGAAUCUUACUCAAUUGUACUUAGAGGUAAAGGAAAAUUAGUAACAUUAUGGCAGAAUCAAGAAUAGUUAAAAAGGAGAUGGAUAAUGUCAAAUGAUCAUUUAAUCUAUCUAUCAUAAAAUAAUAUUUAUCUCUUCUAUACAUUCUCUCUCUUUACCAUUAAUUUAACUGAGUCAUUGGUAAGUACAAUAACGUUCCUGAUUUUUCAAUCAUGCUUUCCCACAAAUAUAAGAGAUUAACUUUAUAUUAGAUUUUCAAGUUGUACAUAUUGUAGAAUUUAGUACACACACACUUAUAUAUAUACUUAGAAAUUAUUAAUUUAUUUGAUAAUAUAAAUAAAGACGAUAUUAAUAUUUUCUCGCUUUAUAGCGUCCAUGGAUUACGAACGUUAAAGUAUAACAAUUUCGUUUUAUGAAGAUGUAAUAAAAAUUAAAGAACUGCAAAUGUCACAAUAUGAUAUGCACAAAAUUUACAAGUAAUAUAAUGAUAUAUAUAGACAGUUCUCUGUGCUCAGUGUAAAUUGUAUUAAUUCAUGUAGUUCAGAAGUUUUAUUUUUAAACUCUUGAUGUAGCUCUGAUUAUAUUAUCAAUAAGAAUUAUUUAUUUAAAAAUUAUAAAUAGCUGAGUCCCUCUAAGAAAAUACUAUUUGCCAUAAACAGAAUGUGAUUAGAUCAGCAUAAAGUAUAUAAACAAAUUUAUUCGCAAGGACAUAUAAAAUACAUAUAAAAUUUUUUUAGAUAAGACUGAUAACCCCUGCUACAUUUUUCUUUAACAAUUUUACAUAAUACAUGUAUACAAUAUUGUAUACAUAUUUGUUUUGUCUUAGAACUGAUAGUAGAGUUGGAAUCUACUUGAUUGAAUAAAUGUUUGAUAUGACAUAUCGAACUGUAUAUUGAGAACACUUUUAUAAUAUGUUUUUUUCUAAGAACAAUCUUUUUUCUGACAAGAAAGCAUUUUUGUAAAUUAAUAAUAGUACAAUAUUGAUCAUAGCAGCAAAAAAAAAGAAAAAAAAAUGUUUUAAUAAAUAUUAAAAAUUAUGAAAAUCAUAAUUUCUUUUGUAUUUGAUCUUUAAAUUGUAUUAGAAGGAAUGAAGCAAGAAUGAAUUGUGUAGCACGAAAUGUAUAUUAGGAAAUAUAAUCUGUAUAAAUUCGUACAUCACGAUAACUGUCUUUCCAUUUAAAAUUCGGCAUAACAAAUCUCUUUCGCAACUUAUGUAUAAAAUUAAGUUCGAAAAUUGCAUAUUAUAUCUGGUGUACCAUUGAUAAAAAUAUUUUACAUAAACUGAGAUGUGCGAAUUAUUAUAAAUGCAUGGAAGGGAUUACGUGCUUGAUAGAUGUUCUACUAUUUUUAUAUGAUUAUUUUAUGAAUAUACGUUGAUCGCGUUUGCAACUUUUAAUUGUACGCAUUUGCGUUCAUACAUAUUGUAUAUUUGAUCCAUCGAACUUCCAUGUAAAUGGGUAUAAUGAGUUAUUGCGUUUUACUCGAUCGACAGGAAUCCUCUCUGACGAAUAGUACAAUUAUGUAUAAUGGUAAUUAUGCGUUACACUGCUGCUGUAAUUUAUGAAAAUAAAAAUCCACCUGAUUUAACUACA